GUUUUUAAAUAAAAUAAUAAGUGUAGAUAGUGAGGAGAUUUUGCGCUACUCAGCCAUAGUGCCGGUGUAUCAUACAAAACAAGCAAACAAAAUAUAAAGGGUGUUUGCUUACUUUCUAAGAAAACUAGCAUGCGCGCAUGUUUUAUAUGGUUAGUAUAAAGCCCCACAAAAAUCCUACCUUAUAUGACCACUAGCUAGACUUUAAUUCAUACUGAUACCAUUUGCCUUCCAUUUUUACAUUAGCACAAUUUCGCGACAUUAUAUUUUUUCACCUACUGCCAAACAUAACUUUAACCAUUAUUUUUUUAAUUUUUCUACAUACUGUUCGUCAUACUCACUUAAAGCAUGGGAAACCAGCUAUCAUUCACCGUGACUGAGAGCGAGCUUCAGCGUCAGGAAGUCGCCGAGACGAUGGAUGUAUUAGUGGAUCCGCGAGGCAAAGCAGAUCUGAUUAUGCUCAUCGUCAUUUCGACCGUCUAUUCAAUUGACUUUCUGGCGGUCGUAUACAUGCUGUGGAACAGGAACUACCCCCCAAUCAAGUCCAAAAACGUUAUUAUCAUGACACUGCUUAUGACAGUAUCGAUUGUGUGGUUUAUUGGUGAUCUGCAGUCCAAUGGACACCUGCCUUUGGCAAACACACCUCUGAUCAACUGCAAGACAUUUGGUAUGUGGAUGCGAGUUCUAUUGGGCGCGGGAGGCAUGUGCUCGCUGAUUGCGCUGAGGGCCUAUGGGCUGUACCGCGUAUUUUUCCUGUUUAAGCCGUACCACGGCAUGGGCCUUUACUUGCCUUUUUUUUUGUACUGGAUAUGCGCGGUUAUUGUAGGAUUGAUUCUGCAGUUCUUGAAGCCUGCAAUAACAACAGAGUACACGGAGUUCAUUGAUCUCUGCGAGUUUCAUAAUACAUUUUUGGCCUUGUUGUUUGUGUUUCUCUGGUUGAGCCUGUUCAUAGUGGUAGCUGCUCACUGGAUGAUUCGCAACAUCAAGAGCUCGUUCAACGAAGGGCGCGAGAUGAUGGCUACAUGCGCGAUCAUGUUUACUGUACUUUUAACUGCAACGGUUGUAAACUACUCGCGUCCUCAGUAUCCUCUGGAAGUUUAUCUGCGCAUAUUCGUCACGUCCAUUGAUCACAUUGCAACUAACUCGCUGUGGUGGCUCAUCAUGGGCAAAUGCCUCUACAAGUGCAUGUUUUAUCGACAGAGAUACCUCGACCAGUGGAUCUACAAGCUGCGCAAGGACGGACUGCAGAAGGAGUAUGAGGUCGAUUCUAACGCAAGUAUGGCUAACGAGCAUGAGUCUUCAAAUUCAUACAACAUGCGCAGCACGCUGCUGAUGUCAAGCACAGCAGAUAACAGGAAUGCUGGGGCCUUUUAUACUAUGAACGAGAUUGCCUAUGAGAACAAAAACUUUUACUCUGGGGAUAAUGCACACGCCAAUUAUCCCCAACCUCCGGAAAGCCCCUUGCUAUUAUACAAAAACAUUGCGUCUGACUGCCCUGAUCGCUACAUGUUGCCGUUGGCUGAGCCACAGCUGCACACGCCAAUUUCAGUUACCAGGGCUGCAGUUAUGCCGCCACUCAAGUUAAGUGCUGCCCGUGAAAUACAUUUAGAACACCUUGAUUUGAACGAGCGCCAGCUGCUCUAGUAAUAAAAAUAAAUAUUUAGCAUUCCAAAAAUAAAAC